AUGCUUCAGAGUACACAGUACUUUAAUCUUCCACAUGUUGAUGCCCACCCAAAGUGCAAGAGACUUACUGCUCAGUCCCAGCGUGACUAUGAAAAGAUCCAGAAGAGAAUAGUAAACAUGGGAUCAAAGGUUGACUUCGUGAACUCCUAUGUUGACAAGUCCUUUGGCACUCAUGUUAAUAUUGAAAUUUUAACAUCGAUUGCAAAGAUCGUUGAGCAGAAGUAUCAUGUUCCUCUUGAUAGACUUGCAAAGAGGAACCGCAAGGCUAUGCUAUGUUGGUAUGCUGAAAACUGGUCUUUAGUAACCAAGAUUUUAGAUGAAAAGAAAAAUGAUGCAAAAAAGAUAUUUAAGAGGAGAUCAAGAAAAGUUGAGACUGAGUUGAAUCAGAUUUUGAACUCAAAAAUGGAUCUCCCAUCUUCCACAUUUGAUCCUAUGGAAUUAUCUUGCCUCCUUAACUUCCAUGAGAAUUAA